UUUACUGGUGCUGUAGGGAGUACAAGCCUUUUCACAUAUCCGUCCUGUCGGGAGAAGAUGCACUCUUUGACUAAGUAAGCAUAUAAAACUUAUAAGUUUCUUUAGUCCUAGUAAAUAACAGAAGUUAAGUUUUCUUUUGGCCGUGAAGAGCCUACCUGUGACAAAGAAGAAAUGCAAAAGAACUCUAAUGUAUCUACAUGUGGACUUUGCUCAAUCUCCUUGCCUAAGCCAGCCAGAUGAACACACACACUACAGUCCACAAGGCCAAGAUAAGGCAUCUGUGCUCCUGCCUUGUCCUGUGCUUGCAUUUGGCCUCUGGUGCUGUUCCUGGUCCAUGUCAAUAUUCUGUGACUGAGGAACAUCUCCUGACUUUAAAAAAACUGAUCAUGAACCAAGUCCAAAGUGGCUGCUCUAUAUCCUUCAAGUUUACCGAACGCCAGCACUUGAGUGAUGUCUGUUACAUUAAAGCAGCGUUCCCUCACAUCCUGGAACUUUUGCAUAAACACUUCACAUAUGAAAAUGGUUCUGAUAACUAUAACUACACAAGCUCACUAAAGGUGUUGAUCCACAACCUUUAUUCCAAUAAAUGUGUCCCUCCUAUUAAUGAAGAAAUUGAGGAAAAUCCAGAGACGUUUGCCAGACUAUACUGGUCUUUGCCCAGGGAAGGUCUAAAAAAAACAGAGGAGGUAUUUCAGAUGUACAAAAAGCUGAUGAGUGAAAAUGACAAAGCAGUGAACUGGAACUGUGAGGAUGAGUAUGCGAAUAAUGUUUUAGAAUCCACCACUGUACUUCCCACCCAAACUACAGGUACCACAGAGUGUGAGUGCUCUUGUCCUCACACUGUGAAUUCAUUUUUGUUCACCACAUCUGCUCCAGCUACAUCCCCAUCAUCUCCCCACACCCAGUCAGGAGCGUACAUCUUCAAGUACAACAAUGAAGAAUCUAGCGCACCUGAGCCUGCAGACAACGUUAAAACACCAAACUCAACUCCAAAUCAGAUUUCUGCACUUUCACCAGAUCCUGGUCCUUUUUCAAGCCUACACACCAAACCUGAACUCAUUCAUGAGGAAUCUAAAAAUUUCAUUACUUCCUCCAUGCCAAAUUUGAUGGAUAACAGCAGCGAUUCUUCUGUAGCGAUGGGAGGUGAUGUGCAAUCAGUUACAUCCUCUCCCAUUUCAUCCACAAGUGAAUUAACAAACAUAACAACAAGAACUGAUCUCUUAUCAGCAACAUCACAGCCAUCUGAAAAAAACAACACACUGCUAAUUUCUAAAAGGAACACAGUGCAAGUACUUUCCAAGAGAUCCUUAGAUAACAGAGAUCAAGGAAUGCGUUCUGAUUCCUCCUCCAAUCUGCUCUGGACUCGGAUCACUGAAACCAAAAGAAUUAGGGUGAAUAAGAUGGUCAAGGUCUUAGAAAUCACACCCGGAGAAAUAGAAAACCAGCCUGUUGAUCAUGUUAAGCAGAACAGUCCUACACAACUCCAUCUUCACAUGGACAAGUCCUUACCAGGGAAUGUGUUUAAAAUCAUCAGCAAGGAUCCAAACUGCAAAGAUUCCAGAUGUGACAAGAGCACUGAAGACAGAUCAGAUCAGAGAUCCAGAGGCCUUGUAGAGAGACACACUGGGGAAAAAGAGUACCAUCUUGUGCAGAUCUCUGUGUAUACAGCAUUCCUGAUUACAGCUGCUUGUGUAUUACUGCUGUUCAUCACUGCUAUUUGCUACUACAAGCAGCAGCGGAAUCUACAAAAAGUCAGGACUCUAUACCUAUGAGGGAAACAGGAAAUUUGGAUGACGCUGCUUCCUGUUGAACAUGUAACUUGUGGAAUAUUUCAAAUAUUUCAUAGGAGUGACUGUGUUCAUUUAACAGGGUUGAGUGAAUGUUGUGGAACAGAAAAAUGGACAUUUUUCAUAAACGAAAACAGUUUACUAACAUUAAAGGAUGUUUUAUGUUUUAUUCAUAGCACAAACACAUACAGACACAUACGCAUAGCAAAAGCAAUAUUAUUUUUUUUGAAGUAUUAUUAUACAGUACAUGAAGUUAAAGUUAUUGGGCUGAGACGAUUGCAGAUGAUAUUAUUAUUAUUAUUAUUAUUAUUAUUAUUAUUAUUAUUAUUAUUAUUAUUUUAAAGUUGUGCACACAUUUAAAAUGUUUUUUGUUUUUUUACCUUUACUUAUCUUGCAGAAUGUGUUAAAAGACUUUCUGAUGAAACUUUCUGUAUUAAUGCCCAAUACAAUUAGAUAAUAAGUGAAUCUGGCUAUUUGUCCAAAAAAAAUUAUCCACAAAAAUAUAAUAAAAUGAUCACCUGAUUUUAACUAAAGUAA